AUGCACGCUGGCCCUCCCGGAGGACCCAACGUCAACCCUAAUGCCGCGCCUGGUCCCAUUCCUGCCACCACUCCCCUAGUUGUGCGACAAGACCAGAACGGUGUGCAAUGGAUCGCGUUUGAGUACUCUCGCGACAGGGUUAAGAUGGAGUACACCAUCCGCUGCGAUGUCGAGUCCAUCAAUGUUGACGAGCUGCCGCAAGACUUCAAGACCGAGAACUGCGUAUACCCUCGCGCUUGCUGCGCCAAGGAUCAAUACAAGGGCAACCGUCUUCACUACGAGACUGAAUGCAAUACCGUCGGCUGGGCUCUAGCGCAAUUGAACCCUUGCCUGCGCGGAAAGCGUGGUCUCAUUCAGCGCGCCGUCGACAGCUGGAGGAACAGCAACCAAGACCCCCGACUGAGGAGCCGACGCGUGCGCAGAAUGGCCAAGAUGACCACCAGGAAAGCCCAAUCGGCUAACCAUGGUAACCACAUGGCUGGACCAGGUGGACCAGGUGCUCCUGGCGUUCCUAACUCUGCCGGAUUAGCAGCACCGCCCCGACAACCCAACAUGGGCAUGGGCGGCCCUCAGAUGCACCAUCACCAUGAUGGACCUGGAGGGCCCCACGGAGGACCAGAUGACGUUAGCGCCAAUGAAUACGGGGAAUCACACACUCACCAUCACCAAGCGCCAAACGGUCAAUCAUCAUCACCUACCGACGGGCGGCCCGCUCAGAGCUUCUACCCGAAUUACCCAUCGAGCGACUCCGUCGCAGGCUCCAGCGGCAUGCCGCCAAUCCACGACAGCCUGAGCCACCCUCCGCCUCCAUCGCACGCCGCGGGUGUGCCCGUUUCAAAGCAGCAAGAGCAAGACGAAGAAGAGCGAAAGCUAGCCAUGUUUGGCGACUUACCUGACUCGAAGCGCCGCAAAUUCAUCCUUGUAGAUGAUGCGCAACGAGGAACUAGGGUUCGCGUGCGAGUUACUCUCGACACGGUCAAGAUGGAGGAAAUGCCUGAUUCUUACCGCAAGUCCAACUCGGUAUUCCCUCGUAGCUAUUUCGCCAUGCAAAUGACCUCUCCACCUGCCAGCCCUCGUGGCAGCAAGGUCUUUGCUGACGAGCCCGAUGUUGAGAGCGACCCGAGCUUCCCUCUGGCUGGCUCUACUGUUGUGCCUGUUCCAACGCUGGAUGGCGAGACUCGUGUGCCGAAGCCGCGUCUUACUCGUGCGAAGCGGUCGAAGGAGAUUACGCUCAACGAUCUUGGUUACCGCAUGAGCUGGAGCCAGAGUCGUGUUUUCGCAGGAAGGACAUUGUUUCUGCAAAAGUCUCUUGAUGCCUACCGCAACAAGAUGAGAAGUAGCAUGAUGGGCCAAGGUCAAGAUGUGACCCAAGUAGCCCCACAUUUCGAGACUCGCGUUGGAAAGAGGCGGUGGAACGAGAGAAUCGAGAAGAGCAAGAAGGCGAGGCGCGAUGGCUCUCCUUAA